CGAAGUAUCGUAUAAUACAUAAGUUUUAUGAUAAAAGACUGAUAAAUUUACAACAAUGAAUAAUCAUUUCAAGAAUUGUUCCCCAAAAAAGAACUUAACGUCUAUUGAUUUCAAGUUUUUUGACUUUCUAAGUAAAUAAAAGAAUCUACCUCAAAAUACAACAACUCUACCAGUUAAAUUUCUAUAAGGAUGUACUCGUUGUUUGUUUGGAUGAUGAUUGCACAUAAUUUUUAGAUAACUUUUUCAUUUAUCACACAUUUGGUCAAUGGUCAAUGAACACGAAUAUCAACAAAGAGGUUAUAAAGUACAACAACCCACGAUUAAAACAUUCGUAGUACAACAAAAUUAUUGCUGCAGAAAAUGGUUUCAAAAAUUGUACUCUUAUUAAUGCCGUUGUUUGGAAGUGUGUUCCUGAACCCUAGUGACACUGACGACUUUUCUGUGGUUUCUACUAGCAAAAGCCCACCAAAAUUUGACACCAUCGUAAACGACCCUUUCUUUGUACGAGUGGAAUUACCGUUAGAAAUGCGCACUAUACUUGACGCAUAAAGAAUCCGUAAAUAACCUGCAAAACAUAAAGCGGGAAAUUAUCGAAGUGGUCGAAAACGUGGUAGAAAACAAAAUCAGUAUUUACGACGCAGGCCUAAAAGAACAAUUAUCGCAAACAAAGACCGAAAUCGUGUCAGAAACGAAAGAAAAUGUUAAACGAGAAUUAACCGAGGCAAAGAAUGAGAUAACGAUCCAGAUGAACGCCGUAAAAGAAUCGGGAUUUACGCUUUAUUCUAUCAUCGAAAAGAAACUCACAGAAACAAAAAAUGAAGUACUUGAUGAAAUGAGCAACCAAAGAGAAUCAACGAAGUUAGUUUUUUCCGAAAGCGAAAAACACAUUACCGGAAUAGAAUCAUACGUGCAAACACACUUCACCAACCUGGAAAAUCAGUUAAAAGAAACAAAGCAACAAAUUGUGGCUGAAACAAAAGAAAAUGUUAGAUUGCAAGUAAUAGAGGCGAAAAAUGAAAUCCAAGAAGUAGAAACCGCGCUUCAAACCAAAUUCAAAAUUUAUGAUACAGAAAUAAAAAAUGAAUUGGAUAAAGCUAAAAAGGAAAUCGUCACUGCAUCUGAACAGCAGCUAAGUCUAGCAAAGGAUGAAAUAUUUAAUAGAAUAGCGUCUUCAGUAAUAUCGACAAAAUUAGCCAUGGUUUCCCAAAACGAAAAACAACUAGAAGUAAUACAGUCAAAUCUGCAAAUUCAUUUUGAAAAAAUGAAGAACGAAAUUAGCGCACUUUUAAAUUUUAAAGAGAUUAAAAAUCAGCUUAGAAAAACGCAGGUAAAAAUUAUUACUGAAAUUCAGGAAUGUAAGACGGUACCAAGUGACUGUAGAGAAAUUCAGAGGAAAGGAUACAAAAGUUCUGGUAUUUAUCGCAUCCAGCCAAUGAUUUCCUUGGAAAAUUUUUUGGUUUGUUGUGACAUGUCAACUAGAGGAGGUGGUUGGACUUACGUUCUGAAUAGAUUCGACGGUUCCCAAAAUUUUUAUUUAAACUGGACUGACUAUAAGCAAGGUUUUGGUAAUCUUUCAGGAGAACACUGGUUGGGUUUGGAUCAUCUUUACCAAUUGACGAACAGCAAACCUACCGAGUUGUUAUUCGAACUAAUGGACUGGGACUCAAAAACGGUUAAUGCUUUAUAUAACAGGUUUCAAAUUGGCAACGAAACCGAACGCUAUCAGAUAAAAACUUUGGGAUUGUACGAUGGAAAUGCUGGAGAUUCUUUCGACUCGCACGAUGGUUCAAAAUUUAGUACCGCCGAUAAUGACCAUAGUUCCACCGGCACCUGUGCCUCUAGUUUUGAGGGUGGCUGGUGGUACACGAGUUGUCUUCAGGUAGAUCUUAGUGGAAAAUAUAUAAAAAACCCUACACCUGGAACAUCCUAUCAGUCAGCAAUAAACUGGAAUGAAUUUCAUGGCUACAACUAUAGUCUCAAAGAAGCAAGAAUGAUGAUCAGAACUAUUUAAGUUAAUUUGUCCAAACACAACUAAUUCUUGGUUUUUGCAUUUUGAAUAAAAAAUUAAUUCAAUUGAAAA